AUGAAUUACUUAGUUGGAGCUUUUAAACCACCAUGCAAUGUUUCUAUCAAUUUUGCUGAUGGAAGGACACGCAAGCAGUAUAAGGUUCCAUUAAAGAAGGAAAAUGGCCAAACGGUCAUGGUUCCUCUCUUCCAAAGUCAAGAAAACAUUGUCGGGGAGGUUGUCAUAGAACCAGUUCAAGGGAAGAAGGUUGAGCACAAUGGUGUUAAAAUUGAGCUGCUCGGUCAAAUAGUGCGUGAACUUGAUGUACCUGGAGAAUUAUAUGAAAGAAAGACAUAUCCCUUUGAAUUUUCUACUGUGGAAAUGCCAUAUGAGUCCUACAAUGGAGUGAACGUAUAUAUUGAGAGUGACAAUCAGUCGGAGCUAUGUCAGCAACAUUGUCGAGCACCAGGAUUUUGUGGUAAUAAUGAAUGA